AUGAAUCUUGUUCAUCGAUCACAACCCGGUACUGUUACUUUCAACACGGGGGGUAAAUAUAAAAUAUUUUUAUAUUUUAUACAAUUAUCUAAAGCUAAUUUAUUAAAUUUCAAUACAUUAGAUAUUGGUAAAUCUUAUACAACAACGUUUUAUUGA